AUGGAAUCUGGAUAUACCAGAGUCAAGGACAGAGGACAGGUCUUGGGGGAUAUGGGGCCAGAUCAGUUUACAGACAUAGGGAGUGAAGAGGUCACUGAGGGAAUUGAAAACAAGAAUGAGAACUGUACAAGUAUUGGUUUUACAGGUUUGGGAGCUAGAGAAGAUCAGGAAACUGGGGAAUACAAGGUAUACGGGAGCUGGAUAGCUCAGACACAAGCAGCGGAGGUGAAUGUGGUUGGGGAAGAUUACCCUGCUAUGACGGGUUACUCUGGGGGUAUCCCACCGACUGUCCCGUACUCUUACCAAAGGAUUGCACCUCACGUUAACCAGGAUAUGCACCACCUGCUCUACCCCAAGCCCAUCUACUCAUACAGCAUUCUGAUCUUCAUGGCUCUGAAGAACAGUAAAACAGGGAGCUUGCCUGUCAGCGACAUCUACAACUUCAUGACUGAGCAUUUCCCUUACUUUAAGACCGCACCGGACGGCUGGAAGAACUCCGUGCGACACAACCUCUCCCUGAACAAGUGCUUUGAGAAAGUGGAGAACAAGUUUGGGGGCAACUCGAGGAAGGGCUGUUUGUGGGCCCUCAACCCCAGCAAGGUGCAGAAGAUGCAGGAGGAGCUGCAGAAGUGGAGGAGGAAAGACCCCACAGCAGUCAGGAAGAGCAUGGCCAAGCCAGAUCAACUGGAUAGAUUGAUUGGAACAAAGCCUGAUAAUAGCAAGUCUCCAGUGAUGGUGCCACCUCCCGUACACCUUGAAGCUGGGUUGUGUUCCUGGGACACUCCCCACUCCCAGUAUCUGGGCCAGGUUCAGUCUCAGUGCCCACCGGCCCACCCUCGACUUCACCCACACGGCCGGGGCAGAGUUCGGGCAAACGCCCGCCUGGACCUCUCCAAACGUAGAUCCCUGCCUCAACCUCAUCGGCCUGGGCAGAGCAGAGCCCUAGACGAGGGCGUGCUGGAACCAUGCCGGUCAGGUCAGAGCCUAGCGACCCACAGCAUUGCUCACAGCAGCAGCCACCUGCACAGCCAGCAGCUGGUGGCCAAGGAUGCACGGGACAUCCUCGUGGAAGGAGAUCCCAGCACGGACAUCGAUGCCCUUAAUCCCAGUCUCAUGGACUUCGAACUUCAAGGUAAACCCCAGCCUCAGGCUGAUGACACUCCUGGAUAAAAAAGGCUUGGGUUUAAAUGUGGAGAGAGAUGUGGUCGCUGUGGGUUAACAGUUUCAAGCUGAGGACAGCCUUCCUCUGAUGCUUCAGUUGAUGAUUGUAUGCACACACACA